UGCCUGCUUCAACAGCAAAAUAAUGGUAAUACAGGUAGAAAUCAUCCAAAUGAGCAAGCAUGGGUUGUUUCUGGUAUCUGGUUGCAUUGAUGUGUGUGUUUUGUAGUACUGCCUAAAUUUCUUUGAAGGGUGCAUGGUGGGGAGAUAGUCCAACCUUCCUCUUUUCCCAGAGGCAAGCAGGAGCAGCAGAAGGAAGUAAAUUUAACAUUCUUGCAACUUGCAGUGAAGGGUGGAAGAGUCACUGUAGCAAUUUGAAUGUGAAAUUGAUCUGAAGAGCUGCUUUGUGCCUCUGAAGUUUUGCCAUUGAUCUUCAUGUAAUGGAUUACUGGGACUCCAGGGCCCAAGAUGGGUGCUGGAACAAGAUGUGGUUCUUCAAUCAAUUGACAGAGCGAUUGAGGCCAUUCAUAACGUGGCAAUGAAGAAUGGGGGAAAAUACAACUUAGAACAAAGAGAUGUCCUCCAGAAGUUGAUCCAUCAUCGGAAGGAAACUGUUUCUCGUAAAAGUCACUCACCAUCUACUCAUGGAGUAACUCCUUCAACCAGUGACCACCAUUUGGACCUAGUCAGGCAGCCCAAUGGUGUCUGCAGGACUGGAUAUGAACGGCACCACAGUCUGCCUAACACAGACACCCAAGAGGAUGAAGAUGGCCUUUACCAGAUCCCUCUACAGCCACGCCGUGCUGCUCCUGUUUCUCCACCACCAUCAGAGAAACACAUGAACCUACAGUCAGCUACCUCCAUUAAAAAUGCAGUUGAAAUCACUUCUGGGUCAGUUUCUAGUGCCUCUUCAGUUAGCACAACUUCGCUGGAUACCUUGUACACUGGCUCGACUGAAUCAGGUCUCCCAACCGCUACUCCCAGCCCUAGCAAUACCCCUCCCCCUGUUCCCAGUAGAAGUGCCCACACAAUGGUAUCACAGAGUUUAGAGGUUACCCCUGUAGUGCAAAGGAAGCAUGGGAGUGCAAGCAAAUCCCCCCAGACCAAGAGAGCUGCUCCACUACCUCCCAUGCAAAUGGAGGUUUCACGUGCAAAUGAUGAAAAGAGUGUACAAGCAAAGGAGACUGUGCAGGCUGCUCCUGCAGGGUUAGAAGACUUUGACUCUCUUUGUCUGGAAGAUAAGAAGGCACCUUGUUUGGAAGAUGUAGAACAGGAAUCAUCUGGCUUCAUGGUGUCUGUGCCAAAGACAAUAGGAGCCGAAUUGAUUGAACUAGUCCGCAGGAACACAAAUCUCAGUUAUGACCUCUCUCGGGUUGCCAUAGGUGUGGUAAUCGGCCACAUUCAAACUUCUGUGCCAGCCAUUAACAGCAUCAUGGAGCAGAUUCUCAUCUCACUGGUGGAAAGCAAGGAUCUCUGCUCAGGGCUGCCAUCUGGACAAAUCUGCCACGAUGAACAGAGGCUAAAGGUGAUAUUUGCAGAUCUAGCCCGACAUAAAGAGGAUGCCCAGCAACGAAGUUGGGCUCUUUAUGAAGAUGAAAAUGUUAUCUGCUGUUAUUUGGAGGAACUGCUUCGUAUUUUGACAGAUGCAGAUCCUGAAGUUUGCAAGAAGAUGUGCAAGAAGAAUGAAUUUGAAUCAGUUUUGUCCCUUGUUGCAUAUUAUCAGAUGGAACACAGAGUUGCAUUGCGGUUGCUGCUUCUGAAGUGUUUUGGAGCAAUGUGCAAUUUGGAUGCUUCAAUCAUCUCUGCUUUGGUGAAUUCUGUCCUGCCAAUGGAGCUGGCCCGAGAUAUGCAGACACAUACACAAGAUCAUCAGAAGAUGUGCUACUCUGCUUUGGUCCUAGCUAUGAUAUUUUGUAUGGGAGAACCACUGCCAUAUCACCAUUAUGAACAUCUAAACUCUCAGUUUGUCCAGUUCCUGCUGGAUGUAAUUGAAGAUGGACUGCCAUCAGAUACCACAGACCAGCUGCCUGACCUGUUCAUUAAUGUUGUUCUGGCAUUUAAUCUUCACAUUCCAGUUCCAGAGCAUAAUGUGAUCAUGGUCACUCUGAGCAAGCACCCCAAUGUCAAAACCUUCACAGAAAAACUGCUUCUUCUCUUGAACCGUGGAGAUGAUCCAGUGUGUGUCUUCAAACACCAGCCCCAGCCACCACACUCAGUGUUGAAAUUCCUACAAGACAUCUUUGCCAGCAAGGACACGGCUAACAUCUUCUACCACACAGACAUGAUGGUCAUGAUAGACAUAAUUGUGAGACAGAUUGCGGAUCUCUCCCCUGGAGAAAAGCUACGAAUGGAGUACUUGUCUCUGAUGCAUGCCAUCAUCCGAUCUACAUCAUACCUGCAGCACAAGCACCGUUUCACCGACUUGCAAGGGAUCUUGCAGCGCAUUAUGGUAGAAGAGGAAGAAAAUCAACAGUGCCAGAUGGACAAAAUGAUAAUCCAAGAGAUCUAUAAAGAGUUCCCAGAGAUAUCCCCUGGAGCCAGUUAACUGGUCCAGGCAGAGAACAAUUGGGGAUCCAAAUGCUUCUUGUGGAUGUGUCCUUCCCAUCCCCUUCUAAUAUUGCUCAUACCAUGUUAUCCCUUCAGGUGAGCGCUAAGGCUUAAGUGGAGUGCUCUAAGGCCUUGUGGAGGAAGCUUCAGCAGUUCACAAACUAGUGAGACGAGUGUUAAAGUCAGCCUCUGUGUGUCUCUUUCUGGGUCAGGAGAGAGAACUGUUAACAGACAAAAGAGUGGAUUAGCACUCAUGCACAGAUGGCAUGCUUUGACAUGAGGAGGAGAAUAUUUAUUGCCUCCUUGGAUACCUUUGCACUGAAAUGAGGCAGAUAGGUGAUCUAAUUGUCUUUACCUAGGAUCCCAAAGCAAGAGGUCAUUGCCAUAAAUAACCACUUCCACAUACAUUUCUUGUCCUGCCGCUACCAAGUGGAGUAGGCCAGUGUUUGGAGCAAGGUGCUGUAACUUCUUGUGUGCUGCAUCUAGUGCAAAAAUUCUUAAGAGCCUAGCAAUCUGGGAGCUUCUUGCCACUCUUAAUCAUAUGCCCAGCAAGCCUUUUCAGUCCUUUCUAACUCGGCACUUGCUAUGUGGGUUAGAGAAGCCUAGCCCACUGUUCUGCCACCUAAUCUUAGUAAACACCUGCUUUUCAUAACUGCUUGACAUUGUGGUAUUUACACUUGAAUUUCUUGCACACUGCACUGGCAGAGAAAUAACGGUUGUCCAGGCCGCAGGGCUUCCUUCAGAAGACUUGCCACUUAGACUCACUGCUUAGGUGUGUCCUUGUUGCAGAGCUGUUGCUUGUCUCUUGCUGCGUGCUGGCCCUGUUGCCUUCGGCACUGUGCACGCAAGGGCUGUGUAUCUCUAGAUGGCAGUGCACUGUGCUCCCUUUCAGCCUGGGGGUGUUUCUUGCCUUGAGCUUAGUAGCAAUUGGUUCUGCCUAGUUUUACCUUUUCAUGUCCUCCAGGCUGCCUAAACCUGAUGUCUGAUAGCUCUGCUUCUUAAUAUGCACAAGUUGGGAGAGUUCUUUUUUCUUUAUCUUAAUUCCCCCAGGUCUUCAGCAAAAUGGAUUUGCUCGCUUUCUUAUUUAGAUCUUUCUGACAGGCACACAUACUGGUACAGGUCUGUAAUAUCUUAAUAAACAUGCAUGCUGCCAGAGCUCUUCGCAGUGGGUAAACAAGAGCUUUGCAACCUUCAGUGUAGGAGUAGUUUGAAUUUAAACUGGAAAUAUUUGGAUAACCUCUCAAUCUAAUAUGAGCCAAAUAAAUUUGAAGUAGGUCCUUGGGUCAAGGCAUCUGUGUGUUGUGUAGGGAACCGCUGGCAUUAGCUGUCAGGAGAUGGGCAAAGCAUUAGUUGGGAGCCAUUUCCCAUGACUGUCAACAGCCAUUUUUAAACAAAGUGUUUAAAAUAAGAUCUUUGUGAACAAUGAAAGGAAUUUGUUUUGUUUUGAUUUUCAUGGAAUUAAAUAAACAUUGUCAAUGGA